AACAUCAAAUAUGCACAUGAGUUUUGUCUAAAGGAAAAUCGUUUGUUUAGAAAUUAUUUAGUGAAAUAUUCAUGUGGAAUUGAAAAUCGAGUUGCUUUCAUCCGGGCACCCUUUGUUUUCGAAUUUCGAAUGCAGCAAUUUUGUCUAUGGCCAGUAUCCCAGUCAUCCCGCUCAGAGUCCGCUGUUGGCUCGUCGGGAGCGCGCGUAUUCUGGACGUCCAGAAAAGCCAGCACGAAGCGCAGUCCGCGAACUUUAUUCGAGAUUCAAAAUGUUUUUUCUUUUUUGUCGUUUGUGUUUGUGAGUUUUUUGUGACAGUGUAAGGGGUCGUGGCCACUAUUACGAUUUUAAAAAGUUGAAAGGACAAUCGGUCGCUAUGAGUGGCGGCAUGAAGGGCGGGCGGCGGAUCCCCACGCCUAUGCCGCCGCCCAAGGAAGCCUCUUACCCCAGGUCCACUCCCAGGCUGGUAGGAUCUGAAGCAUCCUACAAACUCAGCCAAAUGGAAAUGGAGGCCCUUAAUGCUGUAAAAGCAACUGCACCGAAAAUGGACCGCAACGGUUACUUCUUUUACGUCUCAUCCACCGCUAAGAAGAAGAAAAUCAGCUUGAUGCAGCCGAAACCCCCGAAAGUGGCAUUCAUUGACAAAAAACGACCAGGGACUGCCGAGAGGGUCUACACAACUGUCAGUAUCGCUCCGGCGGUGACGGAGGGCGGUCGUGUUGAGGCUAUGUCGCAAAGAAGUGUGGCGGCGCCACGCGCGCGUUUGUACUCGCAACUCGAAAGUUAUCAACCGAAAUACCACACUAUACGUGAUAACAGUGAAAAAAAAGUGGAAAGUGAGUGUAAGAAGAAAAAGAGAGAACAGAGGAUUACCUCUUCGAGUAAUCUCAGGUCAUCGGCAACAAAAUGCAGCAGCGCGUCGCCAUACAGAGAGAGGCGGCGGAGAGACGAAGACUCAUCGUUAGCAAGUGGAUUCGCAGCAGCUCUCCACAAAUUGGCGCCACCACCACCGCCCGCGCUGUUGAGAAGACUAGGAGUUAAGGAACCUACUGGAGUUGGCAAGGUCAAAGUGAUGCUUCGAGUGGGUGCGCCGGGCGAGGGUCCCUUCACCAGUGGCUCUCAAACCUUCUCCCUGGACAAACGCAAGAAGCAAGUGAGCCUCUGCGAAAACCUGCCUAAUGCCGCCACCGCCCCUGAAGAUAGAAAAGUAGGGGUGGCCGCUCCGAAGAUGUUCGCCUUUGAUGCUAUAUUCUCACAAGAUGAUGCGCAGACGGAGAUCUGCUCAAGCGCACUGACGGACGUCAUCCACGCCGUCAUCAACGGGACCGAUGGUUGCCUCUUCUGCUUCGGACACGCAGGCCUUGGUAAAUCCUACACGAUGUUGGGGCGAUCAGAUUUAGCAGCUUCCCUGGGCAUCAUUCCGUGCGCCAUCUCGUGGUUGUUCCGCGGAAUAGCUGAGCAGCGACACAAGUGUGGCACUCGCUUCUCGGUGAGGGUGUCUGCCGUGGAACUGUGCACCAACACCAACCAGAUCAAGGACUUGUUGGCUCCGUAUCAAAAUGACUCGGAACAGUCGCCGGGGGUGUAUCUUCGGGACGACCCUCUAUUCGGGACACAUCUGCAAAACCAAUCGGAGUUGAGAGUGCACAGCGCUGAGAAAGCAGCAUUCUACCUCGACGCAGCCUUGGCGACAAGAGGGGCGAAAGAAGAGGGGAAAGACAGUCAUCUAUUAUACACUCUACACGUUUACCAAUAUAGCAUUGGAGGGAAGGGUGCAGUUGCCGGAGGAAGAAGCCGAUUACAUUUAAUAGAUCUAGGAAAUUCUGAACGAGGGAAGACCAAUGGCGGAAUACCUUUAUCUGGUCUAGGAAAUAUAUUACUGGCUAUUUUCAAUGGCCAAAGACAUUUACCCUACAGAGACCACAAUCUCACGCAUGUGUUAAAAGAAUGUCUUGGAUCACUUACUUGCCACACUGCUAUGAUCGUACAUGUAUCCCCAAAUACACAAAACUAUUCAGAUACACUGACGACGUUGCAAUUAGCAUCAAGAAUCCAUCGUUUAAGGAGAAGAAAGAUUAAAUAUUCAUCUAACAACAACGCUGGAUCUGGCGGGAGUUCAGGUGAAGAUGCAUCAAAACCUAGCAGUAGUGAACCUGAUCCUUCAAGUAGUGACCUAUCUGCUGAUACUGUUAUUUAUGUAGGUCCUUUAGAUGAUGCCACAGAUGGCGAACAUCCACCUGUUUACAUACCUCAUAUCAAUUCUGGUGAUAAUAGAUGUGUCAUGAGCAAAGCACUAAGAGGCUCUGCGGCUGAACAUAAACAUAGAUCAUCGCUCACUAAAGUUAUUGAAGAAAAAAGUCCUGUGCAUAAAUUACACUCAACGCCUAAAUCUUCUCCCCUUAAAAUAGUGACACAACCAUCGAACACUCCAAAAUCAUCACCCGUCCAUUCUUCUGCAUCCAAAUCCACACCAAUUAAGAAAGCAUGUUCAAAACAAUUUCAAGAUGAAACUAAAAGUACCAGUGAUGAACAAUGGAUAGACGGACCAAGAAUAUCGAAAUCAAAACUUGUUGAAGCAAGACAUAUAAUUAAAGAAACACAAGGUAAAAAACGGGAAACUUGGAUUGAUGGACCUAUGCAAGAAAGUAAAGGACCGGUACAAUUUGAUCCUUCGACUAUUCAGACAAGUACAUUACCCCUUCAAGUCGGAAUUCUUGGAACGCAUGCUGGAGAAAAUAUUGGCUAUGGGUACAUGGACAAUCACAAGAAAAAUAUGAUCAGAAAAUGGGUAGAAAAUCAAACAUCUCAAAUCCAGAAAUCUAGGCAUAAUUCGCCUAGCCACAAAUCUUUAAUAGGUCAUAAAGAUUCUGGGCAAAAAUUAAUCGACGAUUCAGAAGUUAUACAUAAAAUGGAACCCAGUAUCAGAGACGCUAGGCGAGUGCAUGUAGAAGAGUCAACAAUAAGGACUGGUUUGAAAUCAGGAACAAAAAGUAUGACCAUUGAGGAAGAAAAAGAAAGUUCUAUUGAUCAAAAUAUCAAGAAAACAAAUGUCAUAAAAGUGGCAACUAAAAAUGAACAAGAUGAUGAUGAUGACAGUGAAGAAUUAGCUGAAAUCCCUCCAGCUUUACCCUUGAUACAGCCUAGUAGUUUAAAUAGUAGAGAAGUAUCAAUGGAAAGUUUAGACAGUAAAUAUAAGGAACGUAUGAGAAUGGAUGAUGAACUUCUUUCAAAUCACAGCAGAGAUAUUGAUUCUCAUGGCAUGAGUAGAGGACAUAUAAUUGAUGAUGAAGAUGAAAUCUUAGAAAUAAUUGAAGUUGAAGAACCAAUGGAACCGGUUCCAAUGCAGGAUAGCUGUUUACAAGUAACUGAAGAAGAUAUUGCUUUUUGUAUGGGGUUUGAAAAUCCCCUUCCAGAAGUUGAUCAAGAAGGAUCUGAAGACCAUCCACUUAGAAUUCUUAGUCAAGAGAAUUUAACUGUCGCUUCAACAUUUACUGACACUUUAUCUCUCUACAGUGAAGUCGAGAGACAAAUUAGGAAGGAAGCUCUUAUUAGACAAACUUUUGGCUAUUAUGCUGAUAAUUUUACAUGUGGCCAUUCCCUUGAAAAUAUUAAUCCUCAUGAAAAUAUACCAACAUCGCGAUCUAGGCUUGAUGAUUUACUAGGUUUGACUGAACUGUACGGUUCUCGUCGAUUAUUUGAUGAGGAUCUAGCUGCAUCAAGAUUAGCUCCCCAAUUUCAAUCGUUAUCUUUGUCAAAUGUUAGGGAUACAGAAGAAUACCACGGUGAUGGGUCAGUCUAUAGUGAACCAGCAUAUAGACCUAGCGACAAAGUUUGUAAUAGUUGUAAACGUACUAUGUCUCGACCAGGCAGUGCAAUCGAAAAUUGCGGAUAUCAAGACUUGGAAGUAGCUAAUAAUGAUUCUUAUGGACCUUUUGAAAGGUACCGCGGCAAUGAUAUGACUGAUGCUCGAAUAGCCUCCUUGAGGCAUCCCGAUGGUGCGUCAGAUCCAAAUUUACGCGAGGAAAAGCGACUACCUGGUAGUGGAGCUCCUUCGUCUAAUUCCUUUCGUGAAUUAAAAUCUAACUUACAUCUAGAAGUUACUCCACCUGUAGUAACAACGGAGCCGCGUCUAGAAAAAAAUGAAAAAUAUGAUAAGAACGUAGCAAGAGUAGUAGCCGGUUCUAAGCCCGAUGGUUACGAUAGCGGGCAUGAGUCCACGCCUAGAACUGGAAAGCAUAGUCCCGCAGCUACAUCUAGACGAGCAGAAUCAGGGUACGAUUCGGUACCUAGAGACUCUGAUGCGUCGUCUUUAGAUUCCUAUCCGACCAGACGCGCAGCAGUAGCUCGCGCACAUGCCAAAAAGCAUACAACGGCCAAAUACAAGCAACACAGUGAUCGAUCAUUCUGUUCUUGGUUAAGAAAUCCUUUCACCUGCAAAUACGCAGACACAGACCCAGAAAUUAGUGAUUUUUAAUAAAGUAACUAUAAAUGUAAAAUUAAAUAACAAAAUAUACUUAUCAUUAAGCUACGUUACCGAAUUUAAUCUGGAGACUGCUUUUGUACUCUAGAUUUACUCGUAUUUGUAAGCUUUGGCACUAAUCUAACUUAAGGUUACCACUGUAUUUUUCUAAGGAAAUGCUCCUUUCUAUAGAUGCGAUUCCUGAAGACAAUUUAGCAACGAAUGUUUUGAAACUGUUAGAUUAGUACUUCGCCUCAUUUUGUACUUUUAUACUGUCAAUGAAAACUAUUAGUUUCCUAUUUACAACUCCGUUGUUAUGAGUAGCAUUUUAUAUGUGGAACCGUAAAAGAUGUAAGUCUUCCCCAGUCUUCCCCGCUAACGACUUUGUCAUAUCGUAAAAAUGCUAUAUUUUUCAUAACUUCACAUGCACUGACUACUGCGAUACGUGCGAACUUCCAUUCCAAUCAUUUUACAGAAAGACAUAUAAUUUUGAUAUUUGCAGGAGAUUUUAUUGUUACUCCUAUUUUAUCUAAUUUAUAUACAACCUCGAAAUUUUGUCGUAAAAUUGACAAUGUUAGUACUCAUUAUCUCAUAAAUCUUUUAGAAUAAGUUUAUAGCCAUCUGUUGCAGUUUGAAUAGUUUUACCACCAACAACAACAUUAUAAUUAGGUACUUACACUUAAAGGUAAAAAAUUGUUGAGCUAUACAAAGUUACAUAGUACCAAAUUAUAAUGUCGCCUGUUUCUAUAAUUAGUUGAAUGUCAUACAUUUAGAACCAUAUAAUGUCUAUGUAACGUCUGAACUAAAUAUAGGUAUACGUGUAUGUUUGGAGACAUUUACUUUCAAAAAUUCUUUGCAAUUUCGGCUACCGUAGUAAUGUUAUGUCCUUGGGUUUUUGCUAUAGAUUGGGAUGGAAAUGUUACUAAAAGCUAAAUUAAUUGUUUAGUCUAAGACUAUCGUGGCCAUGUUUUACAUAGCUUUAAUGUUUUAAUGAUGUAUCGUUCGAUGUGUCCGUUUAUAAAUAAUAUUACACUUGAUUGCAAUGAUUUAUGGCUUUAUCAAAUGUUGGUAAAACGAAGUUAUCGCUUUAUUAUCGAUGUUUUGUUAUAGUAAGAUUAAUAUUAUAAAUAUAUAUCCCAAAUUUUACAAUACGUUCGUAUUAGUUCACAAUAAAU